GGAUCGUCGACUAAAAUUACUGCCGGGCGACAAACGUGUGCAUUUUCGGAAUUUUCCCCGUCAUCCACCGAUUACGCACCGUUUAUUUUCCUCAGCAUCCUCCUUUCGCCCCUCCCUCCUCCUCAGCAGUGUCCGCAGCAGAAGAUGUCGUUCUCGCUGUCGCCUGCAUUCCCACUCAAACCGCCCCCGCCCCUCCGCUCCCACCGCUCGGACAACCGUCGCCCCGAACACCCCGCGGCUCGCCAUCUCGAUGGUGGCGCCGCGGCUUCGCUGAAGCCAUGGAGAUUCGGCGUCGGCUCGGGGCUGAAGUCGCGCGAAUGGUCCGGCCGCAAGCGACGUCGCUUCCGGUGCGAAGCCCAGCUGGGUGACCUCGCGCCGGUCACCUCCGCGGUUUAUGGGUCUCUCCUCCUCGGCGGCGGGCUCUUUGCCUUUAGCAGGUCAGGAAGCAAGGGCUCACUUGCUGGAGGGUGCACUGGGGCAGUUCUGAUGGCCACUGCCUACUAUCUUAUGCAAGCACCGGAGACAAAAUCAAUUGGUUACGCACUUGGAUUUGGCGCUGCGUUGCUUUUCUCAUCUGUGUUUGGUAUACGCUUGGUGGCUACACAAAAACUGACCCCGGCAGGUCCUCUAUUAGGUCUCUCAGUCCUCGCAUUGGCAGUUUUCUUAUCUGCGUAUUUGCAAGAUAGCAUCUGACCGAUGAAAUGCCCACUCUCUUGCUCUGAUAAAGGUUUGUGAGAAUGGCUACGGUUUGUUAUGGUUGUCACUCCACAAGAAAUAAUUGUGAGAUCUUUCACUGAACAUAUGAAACCAAAAAAAUAAAAUAUUUAAAAUUUUAAAAAAAUUUUAAAAAAAAAGGAAAAGGAAAAUCAUUGAGCAGUCCAUCUCUAUUCAGACCCUUCCUUCAAAUGGUUUCUUCAAUUAUUGUUUAGAGGCUGCCGACAUUGGAAGUGGUUGCACUCUCUAUACAAUGGUAAUGAAUGGACUCUGAGAAUUGACUUUUGACCCAUUUUGGUGAUGCCUGUGCUAAAGAGCUUUUGAAAAGUGUAUCUGAGCUGUUGUGGGAUCUACUGGUUAUCUCGACCUUCUCAAAGUCAACUUUGAGGUGUAAGACAUGAAGUUGCACAUGCAAAUCGAGGGGCAAAAAAGUGAACACGGUUCAGUUCAAUUUUCUGGUGGAAAUAAAUUGGUUUAGCUCUUUUCUUGCACUUUUGCUCUCUAUACUCCUAUUCCCGUCUCUGGUUUUUCAAGAGCAUUUUUCCUUAAUGAGUAUUUUGUUAGGACUGGUCUUUGUGGAUAUUCACAUAUUCAUAAUGUUUCUCUUUCUGAUUA